ACCGUUGGCAAUGGAACACGAACCCUUUUUCUUCGUAAGAUCUGGAUCUUCAAUUCGCAUUUGAAAUUCGAAGUUGCUGAGAAAAAUCAAAUCUAGACAGUAUCUAAAGAGAACCAUUUCGAUGGAGAAUAGGGUUCAAGAGAUCAUAGAGAAGCAAGUGCUAACGGUAGCAAAAGCUGUAGAGGAUAAGAUCGAUGAUCAAAUCGCGGCCUUGGAUAAGCUGGAUUUGGACGAUAUUGAGGUCCUGAGAGAGCGCAGGUUGCAACAGAUGAAGAAGAUGGCGGAGAAGCGGAGCCGUUGGCUUGCCCUUGGCCACGGAGAUUAUUCCGAGAUAUUCUCCGAGAAGGAUUUCUUCUCCAUCGUUAAGGCCAGCGAUCGUGUUGUUUGUCAUUUUUAUCGCGAAAAUUGGCCUUGCAAGGUGGUGGACAAACACUUGGGCAUAUUGGCGAAGCAGCAUAUUGAGACGCGUUUUAUAAAGAUUCAAGCAGAGAAAAGUCCGUUCUUAGCAGAGAAGCUAAAGAUUGUAGUUCUUCCAACAAUUGCUCUCAUUAAGAAUGCCAAAGUGGAUGAUUAUGUGGUGGGAUUUGAUGAGCUUGGUGGGAGCGAUGACUUUAGCACGGAGGAACUGGAGGAGAGGUUGGGCAAAGCCCAAGUAAUCUUUUUUGAAGGGGAAUCGUCUUUGAAACCUCCGUCGAAGCUGCAAACAAGAAAUGUUCGACAGAGCUCAAACUCUCAGGAUUCAGAUUCCGAGUAAAAGAAAUGAACGAUGUUUUGGUUGUUAUAUGAAAAAGUUGAGGUGUGGGUGUAUUAUUAAAAGGUAAGUAGCGUUCAAGAAUGAGGUUAAUCUUUUGGAGUAUGAGCUUCUGUUCUUGCUUGCAUGCUAGCUAUCAAAUCAUGUUUGUUUUGUUUAUAUGUCAUCAAUCAAUGAGGAAUGGAUGAAGAAAAGAAGGAUGACAAGGAUACACAAC